CGCACUUACGACUUUGUUGCUCCUCUCAAACACUCUUAAAUUUUUUUCCUAUCAACACUUUUUCACGUCAAACGUUCGUCUCUUACUUCUGAAUGAUGCACCGCGCCGCACGAUCAUUGACUAUUAACACCAGCAACGCCUGUCUUGUCAACAAGUUCAACAACUCCGCCAACUCGUCCUCUUCGUCCGUUGGUGGUCGUCCAUAUACUCCACCUCCUCCCUCUUGCAGGCUGCAUAAGAUCUACGAAGAGAAACUUGAAGUCCUUGGUUCGCUCGGUUACGAGAACUGGUUUGAUGACCAUGCCAACCCCUUCUACCGCCAUGCAGAGCCCGAGCUCUCUCGCCGAGGCAUCGUACACCAUCCCAAUCCCUUCGACCUGGUCGAUAUCGUGAUCGAGUCCGCGCCCAGCAACAACACCUGUAUGAAACCCUUUCAGUCCUUUCCACAGGGUUCUUCGACAACACCAACGACCAAGCACGUCGCGGACAAAGCCGCGUUCUCAGCUGAAUUUACAGGAUUCGAGUCUCUAGACAGCGACAGCGAUCCCGACGAUGCGCUCGACUUUUUUGGAGAUGCGGGCGAAAUUCGCGGACUCUUCUUCACUGGGUACCGCGACUCUCGUACGCUUGACGAUGACGAACAAGACGCAGCUGCUGUCAGGAAUCUUCCAAAACCAAAAUCCGAGCUGGAGCACCGCAGACUGAGCAACCGGAAUCGGAUCAUGGACCGUGGACAUCUGAUGCCCGACACCACCGUCUUUGUCCCACUUCCACUCCCAAGAGAACCGAGGUUUGUCCUGGGAACCAAGCCUGUUGGCGGACCAAAAGUUCGAGCCCUAUCGCCUUAUCCAAAAUCUCGCUGCAUGAGGCAGGAUUAGAUAGUUCACAAUUUUGUAUAUCUUUGUAUUUUGUUGUUUCUUUCUUUUCCACAAUAAAGCACGCUGGCGUGUCUUUCUUGACCAUU